AUGGCGGGAAGUUCAGGAUCGUUUCGUCAAUUGAAAGACAAGCCAUGUUCUGCCGAGGUCUCCUGCAUGAAAUGGUCGCCAAAAAUGGAUCUCCUGGCUUUGGUUUCAGCGGAGGGAGAGGUCUGGCUACACCGGCUGUCUUGGAAAAGGGUUUGGUGUGUCCCUGCGAGUGAAGGCAAAGCCGUUCAAAUAGCAUGGAGACCGGACGGUAAGGUCCUGUGCGUGGGGCACCAAGAUGGUACCAUCAAGCUUUUUGACGUAGAGAACGCUGAAUGCAUCCAUACCUGCAGCAUUGGAGAGACUCCUUCCUAUAUGGACUGGAUUGAACAAGUGAAAACUUCGAGUCUAUGCAAAGAUAUAGACAAACAGCCGUUCAAUGUAGACAAAGCAGAGCUACUCCUCCCUACUCUCCCCUCCCUACCCAAAUCUGGAGAGAGUUUAUUCUCAAAGGAUUCCAAUGAGGAGGGGAAUAAAGAUCCUAAGAAACUGUCUUCCUUACCUGAAGAGUUAAGUAUUCUUUGCAUUGGUGACAAGAAAGGUCAAGUCCAUAUUUUUCUUUAUGGCGUGUUCCUGUGUGGGGUGGUGAGCAUGACAAAUACUUUCGAAGACUCAGAAAUCCUAAAUGUCUCAUUUUCAACUAACCUUAAAGUUAUAAGUGCCGUCAUCAAAUCUAUGACCAGCAGUGACCAGCAGGUGCUAUUACUAGAACUAUAUGGCAGCCCUCUACUAAGUUCCCGACAGCACGAACUUUCUGUUGUUUCCAAGAAGAUUGGUACUAUAUUGACGCUGAUGGAGUACUUCAACAAAACAAUAACAUUGAUGUCAGAAGCAUGGGAGGAUAUACUCCUAGAAAUGGACACAAAGUUAACAACCUUUGCAUCUGAAAGACUUUCUGCCGGUUCUUCUGUCAGUGAGGAAUUUUUGACACUUCUUACGAGAGGGACUGCAUCCCCUGAGCUACAAGCAUUCCUUCUUCAUGAAUUAACCGAAAAAGGGCUUAAAAAGUUGGGUCAUAAUAUCGAGAAUUCAUAUUCUAGCAUUCAAGGUUUGGCACUAAAGCAUUUGCAGUGCGUAACACAGGCACUGUUGUUUCACUUGACAGAGAUGAAUGGAAUGGCAAAAUGGUAUGACCAUUUUGGUAUCUUGGGCCUCUCCGAUGAAUCAAUCCAGAAGACUAUAAAGAUGCUUGGAUCUGUGAUGUUAAAGACCAGAGAACUUGUUGAUGUCAUCGAGACAAGUUUGAAAAGUUUCAAAGCCUUCUUCCAAUGGUUGUACUCUGUUAUUCUGAGGCUUUCCGAUGAAGCUGUCCCAAGUUAUGUGAAGCAGUUUAGCCAGCAAGACAUAAUCAUGAUCGCGAACUUCCUUGAGGACCAAUUAAAAGUCAACGACCAAGGCAAAUUCAGUUUAGAAAGAGUAGGGCAAUACUUUGAGAACAAACCACUGACUGAUAUCUCGUCAUACGGAGAUACUCCGUGGACACGGUUUGUAGCAAGUAACCCAGUGUUGAUUAGGAGUCCAUUGAUCAUCACUCAUAACAAGAAUGUCUCUCUUACGACCUUGGCAAAACAGCUACAAGAGAGCAUAGAGAGUGCCUUCGAAAAGUUGGCUGAUACAAUAGGUAAUUCAUUUCAGUGUCAAUCAUCUACUCACUUGGCAGACUGCGACAGCAGUUCAUCAGUUACAGUCUCUCAGUCCACAUCAAAGGCUACAGGGGCUCAGAAUCUAGUCUUUGGGGCUGGUAAACAUGAGCUGAAUAAAGUCUUCCUCGUCUGUUUGACAUCAGAUCAAAACAAUGAAGGCGCUGUGACUGGAAAAGCAUCUAAGGUCUUUGUCUCUCAGAUACCAACAGAAGAAGAUGAUAUCUCUUACGGAAUACUAGAUGCGAUGUUCUACGACUCGGAAACACUAACGGUGCUGCUCAAAGAGAAAGGAAUUGACAAAACAGAAGGAGAAAAAGUAACAGUUUUAGCACAAGUUCCACUUAAUUUAAUCCCACUGGAUAGUUUCAUCCCCUUUAGCAAAAAGGAAUUUCAUUAUGGAAGCUUUCUUGCCAUAAGUCCAAGUUUAGCUGUCCACGACAUUGGUCCCAAACUAACUCAUUACCGCAAGCUCUCAGGCUUUCAGUCUGGCUCAAUAUCUGUCAGUGGUUCAAGAAAAGUCAGUUGUGUGUUGUCGUCAACUAGAAGGAGAGUUAAGCUAUUCGAUAUGGAUGCAGAGGAUGAGGAAGAAGAUGAUGAAGAUGAAGUGAGUAAAAAUGAAAGCAAAGACUUUGAAGAAACUGCAAACACGACUUUAUAGAGGAAUUUUAGUUCAAAUAUGAUGGAUUUCGCUUGAAGUGGUAUAAGUGGUGCAUGGAAAAUCUGAUCAUUGGAUUUGCAAAUAGCCCACUUCUGAGAUACGCUUCACUUGUCACGCACAAAGGUUUCAAUGUGAGGGUUUGUGCAUAAUGAACCGCGAUUCGUGACUGGGGAAAAGAUGAAAUUAAAUUUAGCACAUAGCCUCAUACGGUAACCUUCGUGGGUGACAAGCGAAGCAUAUCUCAGAAGUGGACAAUUCAUAUAGAGCAUUUUCAAGUGAUGUCAUCAUCCAUGUUGGUGUACCAAAGCAAUCUAAUUCCAUCCUUGGAGAAUUGAACUCUAUUUUUAUGCCAAAAGUGUGCAGAAAGUUUCUAUUGUUUGGUAUGCCAAUAUGGCUGUCUUUUCACAUUAGUGAGAAGCUCUAUAUGAUGAUUCACUAUAGCAGACUGAGCCAUCGCCACCCGGUUAGCUCAGUUGGUAAGAGCGUCGGUCCAUUGUGCGGGAGGUCAUGGUUCAAGCCUCGGCUGGACCAACACUCGGGGUCUUAAAAUAACUGAGAAGAAGGUGCUGCCUU